AUGUUUAGGCAGAUCAAGAUCGAAUCACCUGAUUGUAACCGCCAACGCAUCGUAUGGAGAGCUGAACCCGGGAAGCCCUUACAGGAGUAUAAUUUAACCACUGUCCCUUAUGACACUAGGCCUGCUCCAUUCCUCGCGAUCAAAAUCCUUAAACAACUAGCCUCUGAUGAGAGAAAUCGGUUUCCACUUGGUGCGCAGGCGUUAGAUGAGAACACCUAUGUGGAUGACAUUUAUCCUGGGGUAAACUCAAUAGAACGUGCUAUUGAGAUCCGAGACGAUCUUAUCAACAUCCUUGCAUCAUCGUGUAUUACUCUCAGUAAAUGGGCAGCGAAUAAUAGCGUACUGCUACCUGACGAUGUUCCUGAUAAAACUAAAAAUGAGAAGGUUUUUGAUCCUGAGAAUUCCGUGUCCACAUUAGGCUUACGUUGGAAUCAAAGUUCAGACAAAUUCUACUUCGAAAUCGUUCCUAUCUCGUUAUCGAAUCCAACGAAGCGAAUGGUCGCUUCAGAAAUCGCGAAGCUUUUCGACCCAUUAGGAUGGUUGUCGCCAUUCCUGCUUAAUGCUAAAAUCCUUCUUCAAGAUUGUUGGCUUGCAGGAACUGACUGGGAUACAAUCCUACCUAAUAACCUUCUUAUAAAGUGGAACGAGUUCCAGGAUCAGUUCAAUCAUCUCAGUAUUAUCAUGAUUCCACGAUGGAUUCAAACUAAUGAUGAUCAAUCAAACUGGGAACUCCAUGGAUUCGCAGACGCAUCAGAGCGAGCUUACUCAGCAGCCUUGUACUUAGUUGAUCGAUCUGCUGAUGUUGCUCAUUCCCACCUUUUAAUCUCGAAAACUAAACUAGCACCAGUUAAAGUGAUCUCUUUUCCUAAGCUGGAGCUGUGUGAGGCUCACCUCCUUACUAAACUAUCCACCAUCGUCAUUGAAAAACUCUUACCUUCAAUUAAAUCAGUAUACUACUGGUCUGAUUCGCAGAUUGUCCUUUCUUGGCUUCAAGGCCAUCCGUCAAGAUGGAAACUCUUUGUCGUCAAUCGUGUAAGUGAAAUCCACUCAAUUUCCAAAGAUGCUUCCUGGUCGCACGUUCGCUCCGAGCAUAAUCCUGCUGAUUGUGCCACAAGAGGAUUCACAGUUAGCGAACUUGGUGAUUCAUCCCUAUGGUGGCACGGACCAAAAUGGCUGAUUGAUAAUUCUGAGCAAUGGCCUGUUUCCAAUCAUGUUUUGGACACCAAUUGCAAUCUAGAAAUCCGAACCAAAUUUCUAAAUCCAAGCGGUGAUGUUCAGAUGAAUCUCUUACAAGAAGAUCAAGCUCCUGAACUUCUAACAAGAGCUUCAUCUUUGUUGAAGCUCAUAAGCGUCACUGCCUACUGCUUCCGUUUUACUGGAAUUCUGCAGAACCGAAAUAUUAAUUUCCCAACCUACCUCACCUGUAGUGAACUAAGGAACGCCCUAAACAUCUGGAUCAAAGUGAUCCAAAAUGAACAUUUCUCAGACGUCAUAAACACGUUGAAGUCCAAUCUACCAUUAGCUACAAAAAAUCCUAACACGAAAUUAGCCCCAUUUUUGGAUCAAAACCUGAUUCUCCGAGUUAAAGGUCGGCUAGAAAACUCAUUCCUUUCUUACGAUGAGAAACACCCAAUAAUGUUACCAAAGAAUUCUCGACUAUCCGAACUCAUCGUCCUGCAGGCUCACCAUGAGUCGUUACAUGGAGGUCAACAACUCACCUUAAGUAGAGUUCUUCGGAGGUAUUGGAUUAUCAGUGCCAAGUCUCUAAUCAACCGAGUUCUCAGAGCAUGCGUCAGGUGUGCUCGAUUUCAAGCUGUUGUUCCUACCCAACUCAUGAGCCAGUUGCCCACUGAACGAGUUAAUCCUGGUAAGCCUUUUAACUCUACUGGAAUAGACUAUGCUGGUCCCUAUUUCAUUCUUCCUUCAAAAGCUCGUGGUAUCAGAGCCACUAAGGGAUAUAUUUGUUUAUUUGUUUGUCUCUGUACACGAGCUAUACACCUAGAACUAGUCUCAGAUCUUGGAACACAAAGUUUCUUAGCGGCAUUCAAGAGAUUCAUCUCUCUCCGCGGUGAAUGUACCAAAGUUUUUAGUGAUGACGCCCGAAAUUUCGUUGGUGCUGAGCGAGAACUAAAAGUACUAUUCAAUGGUGCAUUAAAAAUAUUCCCUCAAGUUGCCGAAUCACUUGCCAAUCUGGGAACAACGUGGUCUUUCAUCCCACCACAUUCCCCCCACUUCGGAGGAAUAUGGGAAGCAGGAGUCAAGUCGGUCAAGUACCAUUUACGACGAGUAAUUGGAGAGACCCGACUAACGUUCGAGGAGAUGUCUACGGUGUUGAGCCAAAUAACGGCUUGCCUUAAUUCCCGUCCACUGUACCCUAACACUUCUGAUCCACAAUCUGUUUCAGCUGUUACACCUAAUCACAUCUUAACGGGUGGACGUGCCGUUGCUGUCCCAGAACCAAGGCUUGAUGAAAUCACACCUUUGACCAAUAAACGUUGGAGAACGCCCACCAAGAUGCGCGACGAAUUCUGGACAAGGUGGUCCAGAGAAUACCUGCAUCAUCUACAACAGAGAUCCAAAUGGUUGGUCGAAACUGAUUCCGUAAAAAUUGGAGAUGUCUUGAUCAAGGAGGACAACCUCCCCCCAACUCAAUGGCUGAUCGAGUUGAUCAGCUGCAUCCAGGACAAGAUGGAUUGUCGAGAGUAG